AUGUCGAUCGAUUUUGAAGCAUUGACUGCUAAACAAGGUUACCCACUUUGGGAACAUACCCCAGAACAAGUAUUAAAAGUUGCUGAUGAAGUGAUUAAAAGUGAAAAGGAACUUUAUGAUCAAAUUGCCACAGUCGCAACUCCUACUUUGGAAUCAGUGUUGCAACCUUAUGCCACUUACUCUAAUGAUAAUUCUUUCCUUACCAGUCAAGUUACUUUUUAUCUGCAUGUAUCAACUGAUAAAGAAUUGAGAGAUGCUUCCACUAAGGCUGAAGAAUUAAUGGAUAAUGCUUCAAUUGAACAAUCUUUAAGACCUGAUGUUUAUAAAGUAUUUGAUGCUUUAUAUGAUUCAAUUAAAGAUGAAGAUGUUGAUGCAGAACUGAAAAGAUAUGUUGAGAAAACAGUUAAAUUCUAUAAGAGAAACGGGUUAGCUUUACCAGAAGAAGAAAGAAAUGAAAUCAAAAAAUUAAAAAUUGAAUUAAGUAAUUUAUCACUUAAAUUUUCAAAAAAUUUAAAUGAAGAAAACGAUUUCCUUAUUUUCACUCCAGAAGAAUUAGAUGGAGUUCCUGAAGAUGUUAUUAAUCAAUUUGAAAAAAUUACUGAAGAUGGAACUGAAAAGUAUAAAAUGAAGUAUAAAUAUCCUGAAUUUAUUCCCGUCUUGAAAUAUGCUAAGAAUCAAAAUACAAGAAAAUUGACUUAUGUUGGAUCUCAAAACAAAAGUCCUGAAAAUGCUGAUAUAUUAACUAAAAUUAUUAAACUUAGAUUUGAAAUUGCUAAGAAAUUAGGCUAUGAAACUUAUUCUGAUUAUGUUUUAGAAGAAAGAAUGGCUAAAACUAGAAAAACUGUAUUAGAUUUCUUAGAUGAUCUUAAAUCUAAAUUAAAACCAGUGGGUGCAAAAGAAUUAACUAAAAUGAAGGAAUUCAAAAAUUUAGAAUUAAAAGCAGAAGGUCUUGAAUCACAAGAUGAAUAUUAUGCUUGGGAUUCCAGUUAUUAUAAUGAAUUAUUAUUAGAAAAGGAAUAUAAAGUUGAUGAUAUCAAGAUUUCUGAAUAUUUCCCAAUGGAUGAAACUAUUGCUAAAAUGCUUCAAAUUUAUGAAAAAUUAUUAGAUAUCAAAUUUGUUAAAUUUGAAAAUCCUCCAAAAGCUGCUACUUGGCAUCCUGAUGUUAAAAUGUUCGCUGUUUAUCAAAACAUUAAAUAUGGAGAACCAAAACCAGAAUUCAUGGGUUGGAUUUAUUUUGAUUUACAUCCUAGAGAAGGUAAAUAUGGUCAUGCUGCCAAUUUCGGUUUAGGUCCAGGUUAUACUGAAGCUGAUGGUAAAACCAGACAUACUCCAGUUACUGCUUUAGUUUGUAAUUUCACUAAGCCAUCGGCUGCAAAACCAUCAUUAUUAAAACAUAAUGAAGUUACUACUUUCUUCCAUGAAUUAGGUCAUGGUAUUCAUAAUAUUUUAUCCAAGACCACUUAUGCUAGAUUCCAUGGUACUAGAGUUGAAAGAGAUUUCGUUGAAACUCCAUCUCAAAUGUUAGAAUAUUGGACCUGGGAUAAAGCACAAUUAAAAUUCUUAUCAUCUCAUUAUAAAUCUGGUGAAACUAUUCCAGAUGAUUUGGUUGAUAGUUUGGUUAAAUCAAAGAAUGUUAAUAAUGGUUUAUUCAAUUUACGUCAAUUACACUUUGGUCUCUUUGAUAUGAAAUUACAUACCAUUGCUACUGAAGAAGAAUUAGCCAAAUUAGAUUUAACCAAAUAUUGGAAUGAAAUGCGUGAAGAAAUCGCUUUAGUAUCAAGUGGUGGAAUCCCAACUAAGGGUUAUUCAUCAUUUGGACAUAUUGCUGGUGGAUAUGAAAGUGGUUAUUAUGGUUAUUUAUUUUCAUCUGUAUUCUCUGCUGAUAUUUUCUAUACUUUAUUCAAGAAAGAUUUAUUAAAUACUGAAGGAGGUAUUAGAUAUAGGGAUAUUAUCUUAAAGAGAGGAGGUUCCAAAGAGAUUAAGGAUAAUCUUUUUGAAUUAUUAGGUAGAGAACCAAAUUCAGAUGCUUUCUUAGAAGAAAUUUUUGGAACUGCUUAA